AUGGCUCAAAUUCAAGCUCCUCAAUCCUCCAUCUCUGCUCUAGGGCCGUCUGCUGGCGACGAAAACGAAUCCAUGGAUAUCGCUGUCAUAGGGCUCUCCGGUCGAUUUCCGGGGGAUGCAGACAACCCUGCCAAGCUUUGGGACCUAGUCAAACACGGCAGAUCUGCCGCCGGUCCGGUGCCGGAGUCCCGUUUCAAUUCCGCGGGGUUUUACCAUCCACACGGUGAUCGUGCUGGGACCAGCAACACCCAAGGAGGAUUCUUCCUCUCACAGGAUGUCGGCGUCUUCGAUGCGGGAUUCUUUUCCAUCACCCCGGCGGAGGCUGCAGGGAUGGAUCCUGCUCAGCGGAUUCUUCUUGAGCUAGCCUAUGAAGGACUUGAGAAUGCUGGCCUCACCAUUCGAUGUGUUGAUGGCGCCGAUAUAUCGUGUUUUAUUGGUGCGUGCCAACGAGACUACUGGGAUAUUCAAACUCGCGAUAUAGAUAGUUCCGCGAGGUACACUGCAACUGGUACCGGUCCCGCACUGGUCGCCAACCGCGUCUCGUGGUUUUUCAAUCUUCGUGGUCAGAGUGUCACAGUCGACACCGCCUGUUCGUCCUCUUUGACUGCAUUGAACCUGGCUUGCAAGAGUCUGCAGUCUGGUGAAACUAAGAUGGCCCUAGUUGGCGGAUUGUCCCUCAUACUCCUACCGCACUUCACUGUCUUCAUGUCGACCUUGUCCUUCCUGAGCCCUGAUAGCCAAUGCCACUCGUUCGACAAGUCAGCCAACGGCUACGCACGAGGGGAAGGAGGCGGCUUCGUUGUUCUCAAGCCAGUCCGAGACGCGAUCCGAGACGGCGACGUCAUCCGCGCCGUCAUCCGUGGCACUGGCGUGAACCAGGACGGAAAGACUCCAGGAAUCACUCUUCCCUCCGCUAAGAGGCAAGAAGAGCUCAUCCGAUCUGUGUACGCGAAGGCUGGCCUUGACCCUGCUGGUACCGGCUACUUCGAGGCGCACGGAACAGGCACCAACGCCGGCGAUCCAACCGAGUGUUCCGCCAUAGGGGCGGUGUUUGGCUCUGUAAGGGACGAGCCAAUCAGAGUUGGAUCAGUGAAGAGUAACAUAGGACAUUUGGAGGGUGCAAGUGGAAUAGCCAGUCUGAUAAAGAGCAUUUACAGCUUGGAGAGCGGACUAAUUGCUCCUACCCAUGGCUUGGUCACGAUCAACCCUAAGAUCCGGGCAGAAGAGUGGAAUAUUGAAAUCCCAAAGACGCACGUUCCUUGGCCACCGGGGCUCAGACGCAUCAGCAUAAACAGCUUUGGGUAUGGCGGAGCAAAUGCUCACUGCAUCAUGGACGAUGCGUAUCACUAUCUGACGGCACGCAAGCUUGUGGGGUCACAUACCACGAGCACCAACUUGCUAAAGGAAGAUCUCAGCAUUCUUCAGACACUCCAGUCUCAAAAUGGCACAAUGGUUCAUCAAGGCCCUCACCCAGUGUCAAAUCAUAGCGACGGCGAAGGCCGUAGGAACAGACUCUUCAUUCUGUCGACUACCGAAAAGUCUGGCAUCGCCGCGGCCGCUCUACGACUUCGACAAUUCCUCCAAAGCACCGAUACCAAGGACAGAACGGAAGAAGCCAGGUUGUUGGACGGAGUAUCGUACACCUUAUUAAACAAACGUUCCAAGCUUUUGUGGUCUGGAUACAUGGUAGCUUCAAGCAUCCAAGACCUCGUCGAGAAGCUGGAACGACCCAUGAAUCCGCCGAGAAAAUUUUCAAGAGCUUCAGACCUGGGUUUCAUUUUCACUGGUCAGGGGGCGCAAUGGUUCGCUAUGGGCCGUGAGCUUCUUCAGUACUCAAUCUUUCGCCGGUCGCUUAUCGAAUCUGGCGACUGCUUCAUCAAGCUUGGCUCCGGCUGGGAUCUGAUGGAAGAGCUCCGACGGGACGAAAAGCACAGCCGAGUGAACGAUCCUGCCUUCAGCCAACCCAUCUGUACCGCGUUACAGAUUGCGCUCGUCGAUCUACUCGAGUCUUGGAGUGUCAGGCCUCGUCUCGUCAUAGGUCAUUCCAGUGGGGAGAUAGCGGCAGCAUACUGCAAGCAAGCCAUAAGCAAGAGGGAUGCUCUCGGAAUUGCCUAUUGGAGAGGCAAACUGUCCAGCGAUAUCAAGACGCAAGGCGCGAUGGCCGCUGUCGGUGUUGGACCCGAGACAGCUGCAGAAUAUAUUGAGAGAGUUGACAGAGGCAAAGUCGUCAUCGCUUGCGUCAACAGCCCGUCCAGUGUCACUCUUUCUGGUGACGUUGCCGCGGUCGAUGAAGCUGUAGCGCUCAUCAGCGGCGACAACUUCUUUGCCCGCAAGUUGAAGGUCCGCACUGCUUACCACUCGCAUCAUAUGAAACCAAUCGCCAGCAAGUAUUUGUCUUUGAUAGCGGAUACCGCGACAAACGUGGGGAAUGACAUGGUGACAAUGGUUUCGUCUGUCACCGGGGAAGUUGUGCUGCCUCGGGACUUGAGUGCGUCUUACUGGGUCAAGAAUUUACUCAAUCCUGUCCAAUUUUCUGCUGCCGUGGCAAAGGGCUGGAAGCUCCAACAAAGCCGUACAACAGGGUCAAAAUCAAAUCGGUUCAAGAUAGCCGCUUUUGUGGAAAUAGGACCGCACGCUGCUCUGAAAGGUCCCCUCAGCCAGAUCCUGGAGCCAUUGGCCAACGCAGCCACGACUCCUCUGUACACGUCCAUGCUGUCUAGAGGCUACGAUGCGACCGAGACAGCAUUGGAAGCCAUGGGAGAUCUCCUUACAGUUGGUAUCGCAAUAAACACACGUGCCGUGACGAGGUCCAAGGCUGUUGGUCAAAACUCGACAGCCACCCUUCCGUCUCUGCCGUCCUAUGUGUGGAACCACAGCACGCGGUACUGGAACGAGUCUGCCGCUGCCGCUGGCUACAGAAUGAGGGAACAGAGCCGGCAAGACUUCCUGGGAACCCGGGAUGAACUGUCCACAGAUGAUGAGCCUCGGUGGAGGAACUACCUCAGAACUUUUGAACAACCCUGGAUUCGCCAUCAUCAGUUUCAAGAUACCAAUAUCUACCCGAUGGCGGGCAUGAUCGUCAUGGUUGUUGAGGCUCUGAGACAGAUACACGAUACAUCAGAGAUUGAGGGCUUCGUCUUCAGAGAUCUCAAGGUCGAAAAUGCCCUCAUUGUGACGACAGACGAAUCUGUGGAGACAAGUCUGCAAUUCCGUCCAUGGAGGAAUGGAUCUCGCGCCUCCAGUAACGCUUGGACAGACUUCACCAUCUCCAGCCGCAAUGAGAAGGGGAAGUGGACUUCGAACUGUCAAGGCCUCGUGAGGAUUGAGUCUCGACAACCUCAAGUUGGAUCAGGGUUCUAUCACGAGAAGGCUUCUCGCUCUGAAACAGCAAGGCAACUCUAUGAAUCCGCCGUCGCAUCCAAUCUCCCUUCAAAAGAGGUGGAUCAAUUCUAUCAAGACAUAUCUGCUUCCGGGCUUAACCUUGGCCCUUCCUUUCAGUGUGUUGUUGACUUAAAAGCCCGUGACCGCCUGUCAGUUUUCCAGGUCAAGGUCACGGACACAGCUCACUGGGCCCCCGGCAAGAGAGAAAGCCCGCAUCUCAUCCACCCAGCCGUGCUCGAUACAUUUGUUCACCUCCUGAUUUCGAACACGGAUACCGGUACAGGUACAUUCACAGCUCGAGUCCCCGUAUUUGCCGAGUCCGUGUACAUCUCCAACGAUUUCGACUCUCAUCCCGGGAGCUUAUACUAUGGUCGCUGCAACUCCUUCGCCCCAUCACCAGAUCGACUUAUCACAGACAUUAUUGCUUCGGAUAAGGACUGGAAAAAGCCGCUCAUCGCAAUCCAUGGAUGCCAGACUGUACCACUGGCUGGGUCAAGUUCGCAGCGAAAUGGUGUGGCGAAGCAAAUAGAGGAGACGAUGGAUCUCAAACAAUGGUUCAUGGGACAAGGCCAGGCGAGCAAAGCCUCUUCAGAUCUCACCUCGUUUGUACCUCGCCGAGGACCUGACUUUGCUAUGCAUUCGGCCGCAGAGAUAGAAGGGAUACUACAACGCCAGGUGGCCAAGUUCGGCACGCCGACGGAGCCUCAGAGGAUUCAGUCCCGCAUUGACGAACCAUGUCCAGAAGGACAUAGGUUCCUGUCCAGCGGCCUGGUUGACUCGGUUGCGUACUUCAUCGGGGCCGCAGCUAAUAAACAGCCUGGACUCAGGGUACUAGAUCUCUCGAAGUCCGGAACCAUUCGAGACCUUUUGAUCCAUUCGCUGGGCCAAUCUGCCCACUUUCCGGGCGUAUACUUGUCUUACAUGGUCGUGGCCGAGGAAGAUUGCCUGGCCGCGGAGCCAGACAGCCUCCCCAGCUCGUUCCAAUUCGCCUCGAAAUCGUUGAACGAGCUUAGUGCUUCGACUAGCGAUGGGUCUGCGACAGAGGUUUUUGACCUCAUAAUAACUGACGAUCCACUAUCCUUGACGGGAGAGACUUCUUUAACCGGGUUCGGAGCCAUUAGAGAUAGGGUUGAACAGUCCGGAGCCGUGCUUGUGGUCGGUGAAGCUAAGCAUAUCGAAGAUACCAUACUCAACCUACCAGGCUUCGAUGUUCACGUGAGAGGAGCCGUAGACACCAUUUCCCCGCCGCUGUCGUUCGCCAUAAGCCUCGCACCGUCCCAACCAUCACGUUUGCCGGACAAAGUCAUCCUCUCUUCGCUUCACGCUGUGCCAGAACGUUCGAGUGCAACACUAAAUGCCCUCAAGCCUGCUCUAAGGGAAAAGGGUUGCCAGGUUCGCCAAAUGCCCUUCGCCAAUUUGGCCAACGAGGACUUGUCAGGCACGUUCCUUGUGAUAUGUGUCGAAGACGAGUUGUCGUUAUUGCCCUCCCAAUUCACCGACGAGUUUCUUGGUAUUGUUCAACAAGCCGUCCGCGAGUGUAGCGGGAUCCUCUGGGUUACAUUACACCAGCCUUCUGGCGCUACGCUUGACGGCAUGGUUCGUACAAUCAGAGCGGAGGAUGCCGACGCCUGCAUCGGGGUGUUGCAGGUGAGCGGUGCUGAUGGCGAGCCUGACUAUAACGAGCGAGCGGUUUGUGUAUCGCACAUAAUUCAGAAAAUAUACUCGUCCCAGGAUGACCCCACCGCCGACAAGGACUUCCAUCUGAUAGACGGAGUAGUCCACAUCGAGCGUAUAUACCCAGACUCGGCCAUGACAGCGCUGCUACAAAGGAGCUCCCCCAGGAUGCCCUCGCUCACGGUGCCGUAUCCGAGCUCCGAGGAUAGCCGGCAAAUGAAUCUAUCUAUCGCGGCUCCUGGAUCGCUGGACACUCUAACUUUUCUCGAGCGUCGCCAUGAUGCGAGGGACCAACCUCUGUCAGAUAAUCACAUCAAGAUCAGGGUCAGGGCCACAGCCCUCAACUUCAGAGACGUCAUGGUAGCCAUGGGCCAGCUCAAUGACAACACUCUCGGUAUAGAGUGCAGCGGCACCGUUCUUCGCGUGGGCAAGGCUGUUCGAGACAUUCAACCUGGUGACGACGUGUACGGUAUGCACAGUGGGUGUAUCGCAACUACCAUUACGGCUGACUAUCGCACAUUCCGGAAGAAACCUGCGCACCUCUCCCACGGCGAAGCUGCGAGUCUCACUUGCGUAUACACAACAGUUGUACAUAGUCUCAUCGACAUUGCCCGUCUACAGCCGGGCGAAACAGUUCUCAUCCACUCUGCGGCGGGCGGUGUCGGGCAAGCAGCGAUUCGCGUAGCCCAACACGUUGGUGCUUCCAUUAUUGCUACAGUGUCUACUCCGGAGAAGCGGGCUUUCCUCGUCUCAAAGUACGGUCUCGACAGUUCUCACAUAUUGCACAGCCGUGGUCUCUCGUUCAAGGAUGGCGUCAUGAGACUCACGUCCGGCCGCGGAGUCGACGUUGUCCUCAACUCUCUUGCUGGCGAAGCCCUGCGCUACACUUGGCUCUGCGUCGCACCUUUCGGGCGCUUUGUAGAGCUUGGUAAACGCGACAUCUUGGACAACACAGGCUUGGAAAUGAUGCAUUUUGCCAACAAUAUCACGUUUUCGGGGGUUGAUAUCUUGCACCAAGUGGCGCACUUCCCGGACAGAUUCCAGGCUGUAUUUGCCAAGGUCGGACAGAUGCUUGAGAACGGCGUGGUGGUACCUCUACCCACCACGUCUUACGACAUUUCAAACUUGGGCAAUGCUUUCCGUGACAUGCAAUCUGGGAGACAUCAUGGGAAGCUAGUGAUUGACCACCGACCCGGCGCGAUGGUCACUAUUACACCGCCCGACAUCUACGCCGAGAGGCUUUCAGCAGAAGUUUCAUAUUUGCUUAUAGGUGGCUUAGGGGGCAUUGGCCGAUCUAUUGCCAGCAUGAUGGUUGAAAUGGGGGCGAAAACCCUCAUAUUCCUUUCCCGCAAAGGGCCGUCAAACGAGAACCAAAAGGACUUUUUGAGACGACUGAGAGCUUCAGGGGUUGAUGCGAGGGCAUUGACAUGUGAUGUCGGUGAGGCAUCACACCUUGAAGCGGCACUUGCCUCUAUCCAGCCCGGUGUGCCUCCCAUAAGAGGAAUGAUCAAUUGCGCGAUGCAGCUUCAAGACGGGAUAUUCCAGAAGCUAGGCGCAGACCAGUGGAACUCUGUCCUUAGGUCAAAGGUCAACACUACGAAGAACCUUCAUCAGUAUCUUCCAUCAGACCUGGACUUCUUCAUCUGUCUCUCUUCUGUCGCAGGCAUAAUCGGGUCCCGGGGGCAGAGCAAUUAUAACUCCGGCAACACAUUUCAAGAUGCUUUCGUACAUUACAGGCGCAGUAUUGGACUCCCAGGCUCGAGCAUCAACCUCAGUCUAGUCACAGAUGUCGGUGUGGCCACCGAGAAAAAUGAAGCAUUUCAACUUCUCAGUGCCGGAGGCCUCGUAGGUAUGAACGAACAGCAUGUACUCAUCGCAGUGCGCGCGGCCAUAGCUCAGCAAACUCCCUCACAGUCCAUUAUUGGUCUCUCUCACCAGUCGUAUUUCAAACGAGCGGAUAUCCCCGAGCCUUACUGGCUAUCCGAAGCUCGCUUCCUCCCACUCAAAUCCGGCAGCGAACCCGGUCAAGACUCGCAGGGCGGCGGGGAUCAGGAUUUCGAAAGAGAACUUUCCAAGGUGUCUUCACUGACUACGGCCGUCGAAAUUGUCCUCACAGGUAUAAUGCAGCGGCUAGCCAAAUUGACGAAUCGUGCCCUGGAAGACCUGGACUCGAGUCAGCCGCCCUCCACGUACGGAGUUGACAGCCUUGUUGCAGUCGAGCUUCGGAAUUGGAUAUCCAACCAGCUCAAGAGUAAUGUGUCUAUAUUCGAGAUUGUGGGCAAGCGUUCGGUUGCGGAAUUGGCAGCAACCAUUGCAUCCCAGUCGACAUAUCUGCCUCAAGGAGUGUAA